AUGGAUGAAUUAGAAGAAUUCAAAACUUAUAAUAUAGUUAUUCCUCUGUCACUAUUUGGCAUUCUAAUAGCGUUUGUAAUUGCGUGUGGAAUAUUAAUCUUAGUUGGAUGCAUGAGACGAUUACAUACAGUCACACAUUUAUUAAUCUGUAACACGUCGAUUUCGUCGAUAUUCUAUUGUGUAGUUCAAUCUGUUAAUUAUAUUUUUCUCUUGUGCAUAAAAUGGGAAAUCAAUGACGUAUCAUGUCGAUGGCGUGGAUAUUUUGGUUACAUGGCUGUUGUAGCCGUCGUGUAUUCGUAUUUAACUCAAGCCAUAUCAAGAUUUUUCAUUUCAAUUCUAUCGACUCGAUAUCCACGGAUAACUUCAUUUAGAACUCAUUUUAUUCUCAUCCUUCUUCAGUGGUUCGUAGUUAUAUUAAUACCAUUACCGGCAAUUCUUACUGAUCAUAUUAGACAUCGACCAUUUUCUCUCUGUUGGGUACCGAAAAAAUUUACUUCACAUGUAAUCUAUACGAUUGUCGCCUAUUAUUUAAUACCAGCUUUAUUAAUAUUUGCUAUACAUAUGUAUAUUUAUGUUUGUAUUAAAUAUCCAAGAUGCCGAGUAUUCAUAUUGACAAGACGACAUCGAGCAAAACGUGAUCUUCAAGUUUUAUAUAAUAUUAUGAUUCUAUUUGCUAUAUACACAUUAGGCGCAAUUCCAAUCGUGCUUUAUAUAUUAACGAAUGUUCGAUUUCUAUAUGGCAUGGGUAUUAUCUCAAUGUCGUUUACAGUAGCUAUAGAAAAAAUUGUUACAAUUAUACUCGAUCGGGAUAUCAGAAAUAUUAUUAAGCUUUAUUUCCGUCGAUCCAUGGUACAAGUCACACCGAUCUAUUAA